CCAACCUUCCUGCUGUUGCGCUCGCGCGCACGGUGUUGGUUCGCGAUCUCGCCGCACGAGGCCUCCAAAGUCAACGCUGGAUUUGUCUCUGGCUCCUGUAGACCCUUAAAAUAACAGUUAAAUUAAGUAACAUGAAAUGAAAUUGAAGAAUCUAUCUACAUAGGAAUCAAUUAAAUUUUUAAACAUCGAGAAAGUGAUUCAUUCGAUGAAAUUAUUCUGAAAAAGAGUUAAACGAAUGUAAAAUACUUUCAAUCGUUAAGUGCAUUCACGCAACGGCGGAGUUGCGUCAUUGUCUCUGUUUUAGAAGUGUACAUUAUUUAAAACUUUUCAAACUUUUGCGAAAAAAUUGCGGAUGCUAAAGAAAGAGUGAGACGUUAUUGUAUGUUGCUCAAAUUUCCACAAUGACAGAAAAAGUACGAAGAUAUGAAAAAAUCGACUUUUUGGGAGAAGGACAGUUUGCCACAGUUUAUAAAGCCAGGGAUAUAGAAACAAAUAAUAUUGUAGCUGUAAAAAAGAUUAAAGUAGGGAGUCGUGCAGAAGCCAGAGAUGGUAUAAAUAGAACUGCUUUACGUGAAAUCAAGCUGUUGCAAGAAUUAAAACAUGACAAUAUCAUUGGCCUAUUGGAUGUUUUUGGUUAUAAAUCAAAUGUAUCGUUAGUAUUUGACUUCAUGGAUACUGAUCUGGAAGUAAUAAUAAAGGACAACAAUAUAGUCCUAACUGCAGCGAACAUCAAGGCAUACAUGAUUCAGACAUUGCAAGGCUUAGAUUAUCUCCAUUUUAAUUGGAUACUUCAUAGAGACUUAAAGCCAAAUAAUUUAUUGGUGAAUUCCGAAGGUGUUCUGAAGAUUGGAGAUUUUGGCUUGGCAAAAUUCUUUGGCUCACCUAAUCGAAUCAAUACUCAUCAAGUAGUUACAAGGUGGUACAGAGCACCCGAAUUACUUUAUGGUGCUAGACUUUAUGGAACUGCUAUUGAUAUGUGGGCAGUGGGUUGUAUACUGGCUGAACUUUUACUGCGGGUACCAUUUUUGCCUGGAGAAUCUGAUUUGGACCAACUUACAAGGAUAUUUCAGACUUUAGGUACUCCAACGGAAGAAACGUGGCCGGGGAUGAUCGAAUUACCGGAUUUUAUUCAAUUUAAGCCCUUUCCCGGCACGCCAUUGAAGCACAUAUUCACCGCCGCCGGUGACGACCUCCUAGAUUUAAUCGCUAGCCUCUUGAAUGUGAAUCCACUGGAAAGAUGCACAUGCGAUCAGGCGUUACAGAUGCCGUACUUCAAUAACAAGCCUGCCCCAACACCUGGACCCAAGUUACCUCUGCCUACAGCUAUUAAACGGCAACCAGAAGAAAGGCCCAGUCUAAAGAGAAAAUUGUUAGAAUCAGCAGACGGUGCUUCGUUAGCCAAAAGAUUGCAAUUUUAACAGUGAUUAAUAUUAGAACAAAUAAAAUCGUUCUGUCAAAAUUUGUAUAUUAGUUAUUAUAUUAGUUAAUCAUGUUUUCUUCGGUCAUGCAUAAAUGUAUUAAAAUACAAGUGAUAAAUUCAAGGUGAUUAAAGGAAUAUAUAUAUAUCUCUAGUCUGGUGUGUGCAAACUGCACCACAUCGCGAUGGACGAUUUUGUUGUACGAGAGUAUUAUAUUACUAAAAUUUAAACAAUGAUACAUGUAUGUUUAUACAUGCGUACGGAACAUGCGUGAUUAUACAUUAAGGCAUAUCUGGUUUUAACAAUCUGAUAUUUGAAAGGCCGUAUCUAAUAUAAAUUAGUAAUUUUCUCUUAAGCACGUCAGCAGGUAUUUACCGACAAUAAUAAUCUGAAUAAAUGAGAGUAUAAAACGGGUAGGGACAAUACGCAUAUGAAAAAAGUACAACAUUGCUAUCUGUUAUUUUUAUUUUAUUUUUACUAAUUUAAAAACAGAUCAAAAAUGUUCGUUAUUCGAAUGAAAUGUGAAUCGUGAAAUGAUCUUUAAAAAAUGGUAACACGAGAGCGUCGUGUAGCUAAUCCAAAUCGCUAAUCUCAUUGAAUGCAUAUGACUGUAUUGUUAACAGAUGUUUAUUUUUUUCGUAAAAGUAAAAAAGAGAAAACGAAAUAAGUUGUGAAUAUUUCGGAAAGUUAUUGAAAGAAUUUGCGGGAACUCCGAAUUUUGAUCAGAGGAUAUGUCAUUAAAUUCGUGGUUUUGCUAAUUAUUUUGUGAAACGUCCACGCUCUUAUUAUACCGUUUGAUUGCAUUGCGUCUCGAGAAUGGCUGAUUACCGCCACAACGUGUACGAUUCGCAUACGUAUUGUGCUAAAUGUUGGUGCAGCUAAAAGUAGGAUGAUUUUUCAUGAAGGGAGAGAUGCGCAUAAUGCGAAGCAAAAGAUAUAUAGUAAAACUUCGGUAAAACUUCAUUCUCUCGCGAAGAACUGCCCCAUUCCCGGUUGAGUCGCGAGGUACAUCCCGUGUACUACACAUUACACACCACAAAUUGUGUAUACCCAUACACACGGUUGUAAAUAAACGCUGUUGUGCAAUAAAGGUACAAGAUCAUCCUUAA